AUGUUGAGCGGCGGCUUUCAAACCAAAAACACAGGCGCUUCAGAAUCUUUGUCCACGAGCUUUGUGACACCUGGCUCCGAGAUUUCACCUGGAAACACAGACGCUAAGCCAAUUCUUGGAGCCAAGAUCAAGAUGACAGUCGACCCACCCUUCUCUAUUAAAACUACGUAUAGUGGGGCUGGAGAUUUUCAAGCUCCUCUAUCGAUGUCUUUCAAACUAAAGAGUAAAGACACAGGCGCUUCUGAUUCCUCGGAGCCAAGAUCAGUGAGAGAAGAUGUUACUUGCGAUGAAAGGUACGCAUAG